GCCGAACCCACAAUUGUCCUCUAGUACAGGCGUGAAUUCGACCUCCUACAGCUACUAGCUUGGAUCUACUGUCCUUCCCAGAAGACAUUAACUUCAACGCGUUCGUCUUUUCUUUCUCCUAUUCGACACUCGACGACUAGGGAUGGCCGUGGUUUGCAAGGUAUGUCAUGGCUUCUCUGCCGCUACGGCCCUCGCGUCAUCGCACAUCCAGAACAUCCCAGGAUGCACACAGAUCAUAUGCCAUCCCUAUCUCAUGCCUGACGAGGACCAGCCAUACUCGUUUCAUCCUCCAGCUGGAACUGCAUCUGUUUGAUCCUUCCCUCCAAACGAGGUCCAUAUCUCGGAUCCCUGCACCUGGUUGAAGGUGAGUCAUGAAGCUCCGUAUCUGCUCGGCCAGAAUAACAUGUCGGAGAAGAGCCAGGUACUGCUUGGGACAACGACGAGGGGAGUCAGUCCGUCGUCGACGAGCCUCUCCUGGCUGUCCUGGGAGCGCGCGGCGGGAUCAAUGUGGACGUGGGACCGGCCGUGAGAAAGCGGUGCAGGGAGCCUGAUCUGACAAUAAGACUACUAGGCGCCGGUUAUUGUGAGCCACGUGAACAAGCGCCGAAGAUGCAACGCACAAUGAAGGGCGCUUAAUGUGUCUAUUGUGUUGGAUGCGAGUGGCAUGCGAGUCCGCUCAGGAGCAAAGUCGAUUGUCUCAACGCACAAAACAAUUGACAAAAGCCAUGGACGCCCUCAGUGGUCAGAUCCCCUCUCCAGUCCUUCCUUUCCUUCGUUCUUCCUGCAUCCAAGAUGCGUCGCCCGACGUCCCUCGUCGUCGACACCGACAUGACUUCCACGACUAGUACGACCUCCCCUUCCGCAUCUGCGACCAACAUCCCCCAGUCUGCGGUCACUCUUCACUCCGUCGAGUCGGCUUCGUCCCCCUCGGUAUGCCCGCCCCCGCAGGCGUCCAUCCCGCUCCUCUUCUCCCUCCUCACCCGCCGCGAUUUCUUCGUUCUCAUCCUCCCCGCUAUCCUCACUUCCGUCUUCGCGGGUGGCGUCGCGCCAUUCAUGACCUAUGUCAUCGGCCGUUCCUUUGACUCCUUCGCCGCUUUCCCGACCACGCCCAACCCUUCCGACGAGGCCAAGCACAAGCUCCUCCACGGUGUGGGCAUGGCAGCUCUUGAACUCGUUGGCUUGGCUGUCGGUGCGCUCGCCCUGAGCAGCAUCACAUCAAGCCUUUGGAUCUGGACUGGUGAGCGCAACCUUGUUGCAGUCCGCAAGCGGAUAUACUCCGCCGUCACCGGGAAAGAAAUGGUCUGGUUCGACACCAAGAUGGGCUCCGAGGAGUCUGUCCAGUCCGUCGAAGGAAACGGUCCCAUUGGCGCUGGUGGUCUUAUGGCUAACUUUGCUCGGGAAACCGACGAAGUCCGCAUGGCUUCUUCGCUGGCUAUGGGCAUGGUCAUUCAGUACACGACGACCUUCCUCACGAGUCUGGUCCUCGCGUUCGUGUGGUCCUGGUCCCUGACCCUCGUCAUUCUCUCCGCUGUGCCACUCCUCAUGGUCAUCCAGACGCUCUCGCAAGGCUUUGCAGGCCCCCGCCUCGCUGUCGAGCGCGCCGCGAGUGCGUCCGCUGCGACACUUGUCGACCGCGCAGUCGCGGCUAUCGCUACCGUGAAGGCGUUCAAUGCCGAGAAGUACGAGGAGGAGCAACUUAGCGAAAUGCUCGAGAGGAUCAAAUCCGCGGCGAACAAAUGUCACGCCGUCUGGGGCGUCAGCACGGCCGCCUCGCAAUUCGUCAUGAUGGCGAUGUUCGUGCAGGCUUUCUGGUUCGGCUCCAAGCUUGUCCGCGACGGCACCAUCUCCCCCGGCACCGUCAUGUCCGUGUUUUGGGCAUGCCUCAUCGCGACAAGCAACCUCCAGAUGGCCAUCCCGCAGCUCAUCAUCCUCACCAAGGGCAAAUUUGCGAUGGCCUCCCUCUUGACGCUCGCUCAGUCACAGUCGACGUCCAGCCCAUACGGUAUCCCGCUCUCUCCGACUAAGUCCCAGUCUCGCCGCCCCUCUGCGACGUUCAGGAAGAUCCGUCUACCCAAGUGCAGCGGUCACUUCGAGCUCAGCGACGUGUCUUUCGCGUACCCUUCCCGUCCCACCAUGCCGGUCCUACAGGAUAUCUCCAUUUUCCUCCCGCCCCAGGAGACGUCGUUCGUCGUCGGGGGCUCCGGAUCCGGCAAGUCGACGCUCGCCCAGCUGCUCCUGCGCAUGUACACCCCCAGCUCGGGCUCGAUCUUCCUGGACGACCAGGAGCUGAGCUUCCUCGACGAGGACUUCACGCGCGAGCACGUCGCCGCGGUCUCUCAGAACUGCAUCCUGUUCGACAUGAGCGUGCACGACAACGUCGCGAUGGGCCUCGCCGGCCCAGGAAGCAAGCGCAAGCCGCAGGACGUCACCCGCGAGGAGGUCGUCAAGGUCUGCCGCGCGGCGCUGAUGCACGAGUUCGUCCGCGACCUGCCUGAUGGAUAUGACACUCAACUUGGCACGAACGGAGCGAACCUCUCCGGCGGUCAGAAGCAGCGACUGGCUAUCGCUCGCGCGUUGCUGCGCAACCCUACUGUCCUUAUUCUUGAUGAGGCGACGUCCGCGCUGGACGCGACCUCCCGCAUUCUGGUUUUCGAGGCCAUCAAGCGCUGGCGCCAGAAUAUGACCACCAUUGUUAUCACCCACGACCUCUCCCAGAUCAGCUCUGACGACUUUGUGCACGUACUAAAGGAUGGCAAGCUCAUUGAGCAAGGCUUCCGGCACGAGCUCGAGUCGUUCGAGAGCGAGUUCACUCGCAUGGCCCGUACGCAGGACUCCGAGGGCGGUUUCAAGGAAAAGAACGUCGAAGAGGGCACCGCAGAGGAGCUCCCCAUCGAGGCGAUUCUUGAGAAGCAGAACGAGGAGAUGCGCGAAGAGCUCGAGACGAUCGAGAUGACCAGUCGGACGCUGAAGCACCACAGCAUUGCGCCGUCUACGUUCCGCCCACUCACCAUGGGCAACUGGAUGUUCGACGCCGUCGCCGAGCUCACGCGAAGCUCUGUCGUACCCAACCGCCAGCCGCGUCCCGUGAGUCGCUUUGUUCCCGCUGACGCCUUCACUGGCGUAUCGGACGAGGCCGAGAAGAAGUUCCGCCGCCGCACGCUGCACAUCGACAUCCCCACCGUUGCGGUUCCCGCGCCGCUCGCCACUGCGGCGAGCAACAACCGGCUCAGUCUGCAGUUCACGCCGACGUCGCCGACGCUCUGCGGUCACCCUUCGCCCAAGUCGUUCGCGCCCUCCAUGGUGGAGGACGAUGAUGACUUCGACCGCGAGAAGGCUGCCAUACAGCGCAGCGGGUCGAUGGCGGGCGAGAAGCGCCACUACCGCGGCCACCGUCGCAGGCACACGCGUGACGUCCGCCUCGACGCGGUCAUCAUCGAGAAGGCUGAAGAGACUGUCAGGGAGACGGCGGCCCCUCAGGAGACCGAGGUGUCCUUCUUCCGUCUCGUGCACGAGAUCAUCCCCACCAUCCCCAACAAGCCUCUCGUCGUCCUCGGCAUGUUCAUCUGCCUCGCGAGCGGCACGGUCACGCCCUUGUUCUCCUACCUCCUCUCCCGUCUCUUCUUCGAGGUCUCGAACGGCGCGCACAACGUCUCGAUCAUCAACGUCUACGGCGGGAUUGUCCUCGCGAUCGCCGCCGCGGACGGCCUUCUCAUCGGCCUCAAGAUCUUCGUCAUGGAGAACCUGGCGGUCAAAUGGGUCACCCACAUCCGCGAGAUCUGCUACAGCCGCGUGCUCGCGCAGGACAAGAAGUGGUUCGACAAGCCCGAGAACGCGUCGUCGCGCCUCGUCCAGAUCCUUAUCAAAGAUGGGGACGACGCGCGCUCGCUCAUCGCGAGCGUCCUCUCCCAGUCGCUCGUCGUGUCGGCCAUGCUUGGCGUUGGGCUCAUCUGGGCGCUCGUCCGCGGGUGGCAGCUCACCCUGGUCGGAUUUGCGAUCGCGCCGGUGUUUGCGGGCGUGAUGGCGCUUCAGGCGAAGCUCGUGUCGAAGUGCGAGGUGCGCAACAAGCGGGCGCGGGAGGAAGUUGCGAAGCAGUACUACGAUGCUAUCUCGAACGUCCGUGCGAUCCGCGCGAUGGGUUUCGAGAGCGCGUUCCGCGAGAAGUUCGAUGCUGCGGUCGACUCCGCUCUCACCACUGGUGUUCGCGGCGCAUUCGUCGAGGGCUGCUCGUACGGUGUUGCGAGUGCACUCAUCUACCUCGCGGAAGCGCUUCUCUUCUACGUCGGCGCGGUACUCAUUGCCAACGGCACGUUCUCGUACCUGCAGAUGAUCCAGACUCUACAGCUGGUCGUCUUCUCGGUUUCUAUCGGUUCCCAGCUCAUGGCGUUCACUCACCGCAUCGCGAAGUCCACUCGUGCCACUCGUGACUUCAACCGUCUUCUCAAGCUCUCUACUUUCACCGACGAGUCCGAGGGCAUCCUCGCCCCUGAUCUCUCCGGCCCCGUCUCCUUCACCAACGUCUCCUUCUCUUAUCCCGAACGCCCCGAAGUCGCCGUGCUCAAGAAUCUUUUUGUCGAGAUCAAGGAGAAUGAGUGCGUCGCAAUCGUCGGGUCCUCCGGUUCCGGCAAGUCGACAAUGGCUGCACUCCUCCAACGCCUCUACGAGCCCGACACCGGCUGCGUCGCCAUUGGUCCUCACAUCCUCCGCUCUACGGAUGUCCACCACCUCCGCGACCACGUCUCGGUCGUCAGCCAGCAGCCGAACUUGUUCGACGCCUCCAUCGCUGAGAACAUCGCGUACGGCAACAAGUCGCUCACACUCGAGGACAUUCAGCGCGCAGCGAAGGCGGCGAACGUGCACGACUUCGUCGAGUCGCUGCCCAAGGGCUACGACACGCUCGUCGGCGAGAACGCAUCACUCAUUUCCGGCGGGCAGGCACAGCGGUUGCAGAUCGCACGUGCCUUGGCUCGGCCCGCACGCAUACUCAUCCUCGACGAGUGCACAUCUGCACUCGACGCUGCGAAUCAGGCCGCGGUUAUGGAGACUCUCAGGCACGCGAAGGUCGGGCGCACCACGCUGGUCGUGACGCAUAAGCUCGCGAUGAUGCGCAUGUGCGACAAAAUCCUGGUUGUGCACGACGGCAUCAUUGCGGAGCAGGGCUCAUAUGAGGAGCUCAUGGAACGACGGGGCGUCUUCGCACAGCUUGCCAACGGCGGCGAGUGGAUGAGCGACUGAAUGCUCACCUUCUCUCAUCAUCAUUUCUUUUUUUCUUUCCCUCUCUUUUUGGAUACUGUAGCAUUGGAUACCGCCUCGUAACACCAGCAUACCACCCUCUUCCCCAGACCGCCAUCCAUAACCAUCCUCGAUAUAGCUCUGACAGCAGAUAGCGAAGUAUAACUCUAAGAGACACCAACACGUACUACUACCACCUUCGACCUUCGAUUACUUGUGACGCCCCGCAUUUGAUGACUCCCCGAUUGUUUGUUCGCUUUCAUUGUAACAUUAUCCCACACUCAC